AUGGCAAGGGAGAUGAGAGUCCCAGAGAUUGAGAAAACUGGAAAAUAUUUGGGCAUCCCUUCUGAUUGGGGUAGUUCAAAAAAACAGAUGUUUGCAUGGAUUUUGGCUCGGGUAAAUAUGAAGUUAGAAGGAUGGAAGGAAAAUUUGCUGUCAAAAGCUGGAAAGGAAAUCCUGUUGAAAGCAGUGGUUCAUGCCUUGCCACAAUAUGCAAUGUCCAUAUUUAAAAUCCCGAUAUCUAUUUGUAAAGCUAUUGAACAAAAGAUCGCUUCCUUUUGGUGGAAAAACAAUGAAGCGAAAGCUGGCAUUCACUGGAAAAGCUGGAAUGUAAUGAAGAUGAGAAAAGAUAAUGGAGGGAUGGGUUUCAAAGAUCUAAUUACUUUUAACAAGGCCAUGCUAGGCAAGCAAGCAUGGCGAAUGGUCGACAAUCCUCCCACACUAUGGAGUCAGCUCUUUAAAGGGUUAUAUUUUCCCAAUUCCGACUUCUGGCAUGCAAGGGAGGGGCAACGAUCCUCGUGGGGAUGGAAAAGCUUACUAGUUGGGAGGGAUGCCAUAUCGAUUCGGUUCAAUGGGCAGUGGGGGAUGGACAAUCCAUUAGAAUACGUGAAGAUAAAUGGUUGA